AUGGAAGCAGUCCCGACGCCGACUGUGACCGAGCUUGUACAUCACAAGCAUUCGCAUCGCCGCCGAUCCUCAGCUUCCUCAAAUACCUCGACUUCAAACCGCCGCUUCAGCUCCCACUCCAUAUACGCCCGAUCUGUAAUGAGCAAACUCACCCUACCCCUCGACAACGCAAAGCAGCCAAACACCAACAAGGACAACGACCUCACGCCCCGCGCCGCAUCCGCUGAGCCACAUUUUCCUGCUGUUGCGCCUGCAAAGAACGUGCAGGCUCUCAAGGAGAGCGCCCUCCAAAAUGGCCAGCUGAAAGCGGUCCCGAAUCCAGUCAACCAACAGCACCACAAUGGGAGUUUGGUCACAAAGGAUGGCGUGGGCACUGCCUUGAGUGACACCCCACUGCCAUCUGUUCCGGGAAGUCCGCGCGAGUAUGGAAAACCGCCGUCGCAGAGCACUUCCUACUUCGCUGACCGUGACAGCGCCCUAACCCGCAAUAGCUCCACCACAUCGACCCCGCGGUUACGGCCUACCACGCUCGAUAUUCCCGGUCUGACCAAGUCCAAGGUCUCCCCCGACGGCAAGAUCGCACAGCGAGAUGUCGGCUCCAAGCUUGUCAUUGUCAUGGUUGGACUGCCCGCGCGAGGCAAAUCAUACAUUACAAAGAAGAUGGCACGGUAUCUGAACUGGCUGCAGCACGAUACCAAGAUUUUCAACGUGGGAGAGAAGCGGAGAGUAGCUGCGAGUCACAGUGGAUUCAGGCUCUCGCAAGCAAACCUCGAGCGCGUCUCUUCACACGUCAAGCAGGCCAUUGAGGAACAUCAAGACUCACUUCCGCAGAUCGCGGCGAAAAUUCUUAUCAAUGGCGACCCCGCGCACGAUGGGCCCAUAGACCCACAGAACAUGCCGGACCCACGCCGGGGUAGCACGGCCAUUGCGGAGGACGAGGACGGCCCACCAUUACCACCACCACGAGUCGAGGUCACAUCACCAGGUCCCAAGGCGCCUUCGCCAAACAAUGAGACGGUAACGGAGGAGGAAGAGUCGAUGGACCAGUCAGCCGACUUUUUCGACCCACAAAACCAACGGGCAGCAGCUUUGCGUGAGCAAUGCGCUAUGGAGACUCUGGACGAUUUGCUGGAUUACAUUCUGAAGGGCAGUGGGUCGGUGGGCAUAUUCGAUGCGACCAACAGUACGCUGGCCCGACGACAGCAAAUCAUGGAGCGGAUACGAGAUCGUGCGGGGCCAGAACUCAACGUUUUGUUCGUCGAGAGCGUUUGCCGUGAUCAGAACCUCCUGGAAUCCAACAUGCGCCUGAAGCUAUCGGGUCCAGACUACGCAGACAAGGAUCCGGUCGCAGCCUUGGCAGACUUCAAGAAGCGCGUGGCCAUAUACGAGAAGAACUACGUUCCAAUCGGCGAUUACGAGGAGGACAACAACAUGCCCUACGUCAAGAUGGUGGAUGUUGGCCGGAAGAUGAUCUCGCAUCAAAUCAAGGGUUUCCUUGCAGGCCAAGCUGUCUACUACCUCCUCAACUUCAACCUUGCACCGCGUAUGAUCUGGAUAACGAGACACGGCGAAUCAGAGGACAAUGUUGCCGGAAAGAUUGGCGGUGACUCCGACCUUAGCGAGAACGGGCAAAAGUACGCAAAGGCCAUGACACGCUUCAUUGCCGCACAGCGCAAAGACUGGGCCGUUCGACAAGCAGACAAGAUGGCCAACACUCACUUCCCUCCGGUGGCAGGCGACCACACCCCUCCGAACCCCUACUACAGCCACGAGCUUGAACAACGCAACUUCUGCGUCUGGACCUCGAUGCUCAAGCGCGGUAUCCAAACUGGCCAAUACUUUUGCGACGAAGAGUUCGAACUUAAACAAAUGCGCAUGCUGGACGAGCUGAAUGCGGGUCUCAUGGAGGGCCUCACCUACGAAGAAAUCCGCAAAAAAUAUGCAGACGAAUACCUCCAACGGCGCCGUGACAAGCUGGCUUACCGCUACCCCGGCCCCGGUGGUGAGGGCUACCUCGACGUCAUCAACCGUAUCCGCCCUGUCAUCGUAGAGCUAGAGCGCAUGACGGAUCACUGCCUGCUCAUCACCCAUCGAAGUGUUGCCCGUGUAUUGUUGGCGUACUUCCAGGGCCUGAAGCGUGAGGAUGUGGCGGAUUUGGAUUGCCCGCUCGGCAUGCUGUACCAGCUUGAGCCUAAGCCUUAUGGCGUUGAGUUUAAGGCUUGGAGGUACAACAGUCAGACAGAUGACUUUGAUCAUCUGCCGGAUUACAAGCUGAGGAGGGGCGCGCCAAUGGCAAACAACUAG